AUGGAUGACGCUGAACUCUCUGUGAGUAAUAGUAAUAGAAAUGAAGUUUUAAGUCAAUCCUACUCCCAAGGGCUUGAAAGGAUUAGUUGUAAAAAUGCCACAACAGAUUAUCAACUUCCAGCCGGUUUGAUUCGGAUGCGUGAAGAUCAAUGGGAGGAAUUUUUCAAGAGAUAUGACAAAGAAUUAGGAGAAGACCUGGAGAUAGAUUUACACACAGACUAUGACGAAGAGGAAGGAAAUAAGAACGCCGAGGAAAACUCAGCCGAAGAGAGUGACUUUAAUUUGCGCCAGCUCGACUCCGACGUAGAAGAGUCCGAAGACUCCGACGACGACGACGAUGACGAAGAAGAAGAAGAAGAAGAAGAAGAAGAAGAGGAAGACGAAGAGCAGUAUUUUGAGAAAAACCGCGCUCCUCUUCGUAAGACUCCCAAUUUAAUCCAGUACUGGAUCGACACCGGCCGUCCUCCGAUUCUGAUGACCGAGGAGCCGGAGGAGUUCAGAGAAUUAUUAGGUGAAGACAAUCCCCAGCCUGCAGUGGGUAAGAUAAAAACAUUUAACUCUACGGAGGCUGAAGCGAAGCGUCCCAGUAAUUCAGUAUUCAGUUCUGUGGACACUGCAGCUUAUAUUCUCUCCAACACAAAUGUUACAGCCAAGGCUGAGACAAUCGCCAUUGUUGAAGGUGCUAAGUCUCUUGAUUUAAAUGACAUUAAUGUUAACGUUAAUUCCGAAGUGCCAGACUUAUUUAAUGGAAUUGCUUGUGAUAAAAAUUCGAGUCCUUUAAAAAAUAGUCCCCUUAAAAAGCAUCACAGUCCGAAUAAAAAUAUUAAGGCUCUUAGAAUUAUUAAAUCUUCUCCAGUAAAAGAAAUUGAAGCUCUAAUUGAGGCUCCAAAAAAUUUAGAUGUAAAUAAUAGUAAUAAUAUUAAUGAUAAUAAUCAAAAUAGCAAUACAAUUUUUAAAGAGAAGGAUACUAAUAAUUUAAAACCGAGAUUAAAUAAUAAUCCAAUUGCACAAUGUAGUCCUAAAAUAGCAGACGUUCUUCCAACGCACGAGGAUCCAACCAGAGCUAAGGUCAUUGAGUCUUCGAAUAUUUCCAAAGAAUACGACAAUGAAAACUCCCUUAAAUCAUUGAAGAUCAAUUGGAAUAAUAAUAACAACAGUAAGGUUGACUUUACUGUUAACAACGGCCGUAAAACAUUGAAGAAAAAAUUGUACACCCAGCGUAACUCUCCGGUAACUAUCGUACCCACUACUCCGAUAAGCGUGCACAGUAAUUUUAAUGACAGUGAUUAUUUUGAGAGUAGUAAUAAAAUAAAUUAUGAAACAGAGUCUAAUAAAAUGCUCGGAAAAUUGCAUCCUGUUUUUGCGACGCCUUUUAAUAAGAAGAGUAAAGUUAAGAAGAUAAAACGGGCUAGCUGGGCUCGAAGGAUGAGCCGGUAUUCUAAAAUUAAUAAAAGUUCUGAAGCUGAUGAGACUAUUGCUCCUGGUCCUGAUAAUAGUGUAGAAAAUAAUUCUCAGGAGGAGGAUAGUAAAUUAAAUUCUGAGAAAAAAGAGAAGGAGGAUAAGAGUGCAGAGAAGAAGAAGAAGAAGAAGAAGAAGAAAUUAAUUAAGGCGAAGAAAAUUAGGCAAAGUAUCAGGCCGAAGGAAUUGAUUAAUUAUGGUGAAGUUUUUUCUGAGGAAGAGAAGCUUUAUAAGAGUAAGAAAAAAAAUUUGGAGGAAACAGAGGCUUUGGAGGAAGUUAAAAGCAAAGAAUUAGAUGAGAAAAAAAAUAAUGAGGCUUGUGAUUUACUUAAAAUAUGUAAAAAAUUGACAAUUAAUUUAGAACCGCUGCCUGAUAAUUAUUUAAAAAAUAAGUCUAAAAAUGUAGAAAAUGAAAUUCAGAACUUAGAAGAUUCACUGGAGAGUGAUGGAAGCACGAUACUUAUGUAUGAGUGUGCUUUAAAUGGCAAGGAUGUAAAUACGGAUACUGAAACUGGGACUGAAGUAAGUCGGCAUGAGUCUGAAGAUGAUAAAUCACAGAAAUUAGGGAUUGAAUCGGUGAAAAAGUCUAGGAAAUUUGUUCAGAGGUGUUUGGGUUCUUUGAGUGAUAAGAAUUUAACUGAAAUUGGAGCUGGGAAUAGUAUCAGCGCGAAGAUCAAUGAUACUGAUGAUGAAGAUGAUGAUUUGGAGCUUGGAAAAGCGAGUAGUGUCACGAUCCAGAGCUCGGAUGUAAAAGCAACGGAUAAGAAUUUAAAAGAGCGACUUAUAUCGUUUUCUUCUGACGAAGAAGACGAUUUUUUGAAGAUUCUGAGCAAGAAUCAAUCCCAGGCGAGGAUGAGUGUGUCUAAAUUGGAUGGUUCGAAAAAUUACGAUAGCCUUGUUAGUGAUUUGGCGGGAGAGUCGAGAGUAAGGUUGUCAUCUUUGGUGGCCACGCCGAUGGCGGUGCUGAAAAUUGUCAGCGAUUCGGAGGACGAACAGCUGAUUAGUCAAGAUGAUCUGAAUGUUAAGAGGAGAUUGAGUGGUGUGAAACAGGAAAAGUCUCCGAAGAUUAGGAGCAAGAGGUUGAAGAUGUUGGACAAGAGAAAAGGAAGAUUUAGUUGCGGAGGGGAUAAAAUUGAAGAGUCGGGGGAAAGUUUGAAAAAAAUUGGGGACUUUAAUGGACUUACUGAUAAUCGAGAUAAUAAUUUGAGUUUGGAAGCGGAUAAAGCGGAAUUUAAGGGGAAAAUAGUAAAUGGAGAAGAAGAAGAAGAAGAAGAAGAGAAGGAUUUGAAGAAGACGAGGAAGAAAAAUAAAUUUGGUAAAUCUUUGGUUCAAACUUUUGGUAAAAAACGUUUGAGUAAAAUUGCUGAGUUUGAUUCUUCUGAUGAACCUUUAGUGAGUCCGCCGAAAAAAAUAAAAAUUAGUGAAGGAAAAUUAGAAGCCAGCGGGGAUGGUAAUUCUGAAUUAAAGAGUAUUAAAUUAGGUUUUAAAAAUUCUAAAAUUAGAGAUAAUAAAGGUUUAGAUAGUUCAAAGGGUAAAAAAUUGGAAGAAAUAAAUUGUAAAUUAAAAUUAAAAGAAGUACAAAGUCCUGGGACUGAUUUACAAUCAAAUUUUAAGACUCCGGUGAAUAAAAUAAUUAAGAGUAAUGUUAAUAGUAAUAGUAAUAAGAAACGAGUUUCUUUCUCUGCUACGAAACUAGAAAAAAUACUUGUAUACGACAGUGACAGCUCUGAUGACAGUUUGUUUAUUUCAAAUAAAUCUCCCAAUGGGAACUUUGAUAAAAUAACUAAUAAUAAUAAUAAUAAUAAUUCAAGUUUUGAAAAUGGAAAAAUAAGCUCAAAUAAAAGAAUAACUUUUUCUAGUUCGGGGUGUAGUUUAGCGAAUAUAAAAGUAUUUUCUAGCAGAUUUGUCAGUGAUUCUGAUGACUCGAAUGAUUGA